AUGGUUCAAUCAUCCGUUCUGGGUUUCCCCCGUAUGGGUAAGCUCCGUGACCUGAAGAAGGCCACUGAAGCUUACUGGGGUGGCAAGAUCUCCCGCGAUGACCUCCUCGCCGAGGGCAAGCGUCUCCGUCUGGAGCACUGGAACAUCCAGAAGAACGCUGGUGUUGACUUCAUCCCCUCCAACGACUUCGCUUUCUACGAUCAGGUCCUCGACCACAUCCAGCUGUUCAAUGUCAUCCCUGAGCGUUACAGCAAGUACAACCUCGACCCCCUUGACACUUACUUCGCCAUGGGUCGUGGUCUGCAGAAGGAGGGUGUCGAUGUCCCUGCUUUGGAGAUGGUCAAGUGGUUCGACUCUAACUACCACUACGUCAAGCCCGCUCUCUCCGAUAACCAGGAGUUCAAGCUCUCUGCUGACCCUAAGCCCGUCCGCGAGUUCCUCGAGGCCAAGGCUGCUGGCAUUGUCACCCGCCCUGUUCUCCUGGGUCCCGUCUCCUUCCUCGCCCUUGGUAAGGCUGACCGUGGUGCUAGCCUGAACCCUAUCACCAAGCUGCAGGACCUUUUGCCCGUCUACGCUGACCUUCUGGCUCAGCUGAAGGCUGCUGGUGCUGAGGAUGUUCAGAUUGAUGAGCCUGUCCUCGUCUUUGACCUUGCCGCUGAUGUCAAGGCUGCUUUCAAGCCCGCUUACGAGAAGCUGGGCAACCUGGGUGACAAGGCUCCUCGCCUGACCCUGGCCACCUACUUUGGUGAUAUCGUCCACAACAUUGAUGUUCUCUCUUCUCUCCAGAGCCUCCACGCUAUCCACGUGGACCUUGUCCGCAACCCUGAGCAGCUCGACACUGUCAUUGCUGCCCUUGGCCCCAAGCAGACCCUGUCCGCUGGUGUCGUUGACGGCCGUAACAUCUGGAAGGCUGACUUCAAGGCCGCUAUUGAGAAGGUUGAGGCCGCUAUCCAGAAGCUUGGCAAGGACCGUGUCAUUGUUGCCACCUCCAGCUCUCUCCUCCACACCCCUCACACUCUCGCCUCCGAGAAGAACCUCGAUGCUGAGAUCCGUGACUGGUUCAGCUUCGCUGUUGAGAAGGUCUCUGAGGUUGUUGUCAUUGCCAAGGCUGUUACCGAGGGCCCUGCCUCUGUCUCUGCUGAGCUUGAGGCCAAUGCUAAGUCUAUGCACUCUCGUGCGACCUCCACCCGCACCAACGACCCUGCUGUCAAGGCUCGUCAGGCUGCCGUCACUCCUGAACAGCACAUCCGUCAAUCUCCUUUCCCUGUCCGCAUUGCCCAGCAGACCGAGCACAUCAAGCUUCCCAAGUUCCCUACCACUACUAUUGGAAGUUUCCCCCAGACCUCUCAGAUCCGUGUGACCCGUAACAAGUUCACCAAGGGUGAAAUCACCGCCGCUGAGUACGAGACUUUCAUCGAGGAGCAGAUCCGUGAGGUUGUCAAGAUCCAGGAGGAGCUUGACCUGGACGUGCUAGUUCACGGCGAGAGUGAACGAAAUGACAUGGUCCAGUACUUCGGUGAACGUCUCACCGGUUACGCAUUCACCACUCACGCGUGGGUUCAAAGCUACGGAUCUCGCUGUGUCCGACCUCCUAUCAUUGUUGGUGACAUCAGCCGUCCUGCUCCUAUGACCGUCAAGGAGUCCAAGUUCGCUGUCUCCAUCACCAACAAGCCCAUGAAGGGUAUGCUGACUGGACCCAUCACCUGCUUGCGCUGGUCUUUCCCACGUAACGAUGUGCACCAGUCUGUCCAGGCUCAGCAGCUUGCUCUUGCUCUCCGUGAUGAGGUCGUUGACCUUGAGGAGGCUGGUGUCAAGGUUAUCCAGGUCGAUGAGCCUGCUCUGCGUGAGGGUCUGCCCCUCCGUUCUGGUGCCGAGCGCGAGAAGUACAUCAAGUGGGCUGUUGAUGCUUUCAAGCUCUCCACCGCUGGUGUUACCGACAGCACUCAGAUCCACAGUCACUUCUGUUACUCUGAGUUCCAGGACUUCUUCCACGCCAUUGCUGCCCUGGAUGCCGAUGUUCUGUCCAUCGAGAACAGCAAGUCUGAUGCUAAGCUGCUGAAGGUCUUCGUUGACGAGAAGUACCCCCGUCACAUCGGUCCUGGUGUUUACGACAUCCACUCUCCUCGUAUUCCUAGCGAGCAGGAGAUCAAGGAUCGUGCUGCUGAGAUGCUGGUCUACCUCAGCCCUGAGCAGCUCUGGAUCAACCCUGACUGUGGUCUCAAGACCCGUGCUUGGCCCGAGACCAAGGCCGCCCUGUCCAACAUGGUUGCGGCCGCCAAGUACUUCCGUGAGAAGUACUAA